AUGUGGCUGGAACAGAGAGCCUGUGACGAGUGGAAGCUUCUGCCAAAGCCCGACCUCCACCGAGACGUGAACCGCUUCGGCCAUUCUGCAGUGGUCAGCAACGGGUCCAUGUAUGUGUUUGCUGGUUUCUCCGGGGUCCUGCUGAACGACGUCCUGGUCUACAGACCUCAGAGCUGUGGGGCCUUCUCCUCGGAGCAGAGCUGUGUAGGAGCCGGCCCCGGGGUCCGCUGCCUCUGGUCCCUGGGCAGAUGCGACUCCUGGUCCCCCAGCUGGUCCAACGGCAGCCUCACACCAGCAACAUUCUGCCCCCCCAAACCUGCUACAGUGGAUGAGAGAUGCUACCGUUUCUCCGACUGCGCCAGCUGCACGGCCAACACCAACGGGUGCCAGUGGUGCGACGAUAAGAAAUGCAUCUCUGCCUCCAGCAACUGCACUUCUAGCGUAAAGAACUUCACCCAGUGUCCAGUGCGAAAUGAGCAAGUCUGUAGUAAGCUAGCUAACUGCAAGAGCUGCUCCCUCAAUCUGAACUGUCAGUGGGACCAGAAUCAGUCGGAGUGCCAUGCCAUGCCAGCCCAGCAGUGCAGUGAGGGCUGGAGCCUGGUGGGGGAGGCCUGUCUGAGGAUCAACUCCAGUCGAGAAAGUUAUGACAACGCUCAACACUACUGCAAGAACCUGAACGGGAACAUCGCCUCGCUCACCACCUCCAAACAGGUCCAUUUUGUGCUGGAGGAGCUCAGGAAGCUGCAGCUGCAAGACAAGGCCUCAGGCUGUGGUCAGGCUGUGGUCCCGGCUGUGGUCCCGGCUGUGGUCCGGGCCGUGGUCCGGGCCGUGGUCCGGGCCGUGGUCCGGUCCGUGGUCCGGGCCGUGGUCCGGGCCGUGGUCCGGGCCGUGGUCCGGGCCGUGGUCCGGGCCGUGGUCCGGGCCGUGGUCCGGGCCGUGGUCCGGGCCGUGGUCCGGGCCGUGGUCCGGUCCGUGGUCCGGGCCGUGGUCCGGGCCGUGGUCCGGUCCGUGGGCCGGGCCGUGCGGCUGUCUCCGUGGGUCGGAUUGAGGAAGAUCAACGUGUCGUACUGGGGCUGGGAGGACAUGUCUCCGUUCACCAACACCAGUCUGCGGUGGCUCCCCGGGGAACCCAGCGACUCCGGGUUCUGUGCCUACCUCGAGGAGCCUCAGGUGUCGGGGCUCAGGGCCAAUCCCUGCACUGCCACCGCCCACGGACUGAUCUGUGAGAAGACCGCGGGGAACCCCAGCCAGAGCUCCCGUCCGUCCUGUAAGAAGCCGUGCUCGCUCCACAGCAGCUGCUCCAACUGCACCAGUCAGGCCAUGGAGUGUAUGUGGUGCAGCAGCUCCCAGCGCUGCGUGGACUCCACCGCCUACGUCAUCUCCUUCCCCUACGGCCAGUGCCUGGAGUGGCAGACCGGAGACUGUGUCGACGUGUCGGUGAGUGUGACAGACGUGUCGGUGAGUGUGACAGACGUGUCGGUGAGUGUGACAGACUGUGUCGACGUGUCGGUGAGUGUGACAGACGUGUCGGUGAGUGUGACAGACGUGUCGGUGAGUGUGACAGACAGUGUCGACUGUGUCGGUGAGUGUGACAGACGUGUCGUGAGUGUGACAGACGUGUCGUCCCGCUGGUCCAAGAACAGUCCUGUGGUCCCAGAGCAGUCCUGUGGACCCACCGGUCCCAGAACAGCCCUGUGGUCCCAGAACAGUCCUGUGGUCCCACCGGUCCCAGAACAGUCCUGUGGUCCCACCGGUCCCAGACCAGUCCUGUGGUCCCAGAACAGUCCUGUGGUCCCACCGGUCCCAGAACAGUCCUGUGGUCCCACCGGUCCCAGACCAGUCCUGUGGUCCCAGAACAGUCCUGUGGUCCCACCGGUCCCAGAACAGUCCUGUGGUCCCAAAGCAGUCCUGGGGUCCCGCCGGUCCCAGAGCAGUCCUGUGGUCCCACCGGUCCCAGAACAGUCCUGUGGUCCCGCCAGUCCCAGAACAGUCCUGUGGUCCCACCGGUCCCAGAACAGUCCUGUGGUCCCGCCGGUCCCAGAACAGUCCUGUGGUCCCGCCAGUCCCAGAGCAGUUAAUUUGAUCCAGAUUGAUGCACUACAUGAUCCAUGA